AUGACCAAGCGGAAACUUGUUUUGUUGAUAACAGCUGAGGAGGCAGCAGUUGUUGUCCCUGUGGCGGCAUUGGUGGCACCUGAGGCAGCAGUUGUUGCUCCUGAGGCAGCAUUGGUGGCACCUGAGGCAGCAGUUGUUGCACCUGAAGCGGCAUUGGUAGCACUUGAGGCAGCAUUUGUUGCACCUGAAGCAGCAUUGGUGGCACCUGAGGCAUUAGUUGUGGCGCCUGAGACAGCAGUUGUGGCUCCUGUUGUUGUGGUGGUUGUUGUUGUUAGGGCAGCUGUGGUGGUUGAUGUUGUUGGGGCAGCUGUGGUGGUGGUUGUUGUUGGGGCAGCUGUUGUUGUGGUGGUUGUUGGGGCAGCUGUGGUGGUUGUUGGGGCAGCUGUUGUUGUUGGGGCAGCUGUGGUUGUUGUUGUUGGGGAAGCUGUGGUGGUUGUUGUUGUUUGGGCAGCUGUUGUUGUGGUUGUUGUUGCGGCUGUGGUGGUUGUUGUUGUGGUUGUUGUUGGGGAAGCUGUGGUGGUUGUUGGGGCAGCUGUUGUUGUGGUUGUUGUUGGGGAAGCUGUGGUGGUUGUUGGGGCAGCUGUGGUGGUUGAUGUUGUUGCAGCAGCUGGUGUUGUUGUUGGAGCAGCUGUGGUUGUUGUUGUUUGGGAAGCUGUUGUUGUGGUAGUUGUUGGGGCAGCUGUGGUGGUUGUUGUUGUUUGGGCAACUGUGGUGGUUGUUGUUGGGGCAACUGUGGUGGUUGUUGUUGGGGCAGCUGUGGUGGUUGUUGUUGUUGGGGCAGCUGUGGUGGUGGUUGUUGUUGGGGCAGCUGUGGUGGUGGUUGUUGUUUGA